AUGGUUCCUUUAAAGCGCAGGAAAGUAACAACCGUUCAAACAGCAGUGCAGGAUAAUAGUACAUGUACAUUUUCCGAUGUAGCUAUUUUUAUCCUGGAAAGAAAGAUGGGCGCAUCCAGGAAAUCAUUCCUCACCCGACUUGGAAGAAGUAAAGGGUUUCUGAUAGAAGAUUCCUACAGCUCUAUCAUCACACAUGUGGUGUCAGAAAACAAUAGUGGAGAUGAAGUUCAGCUUUGGCUUGAAAAACAAAAUAAUGGCGAGGUUUUGUCUGAGUCAGUUCAUCUGCUGGACAUCAGCUGGUUGACUGAGAGCAUGACAAGUGGGAGUCCUGUUCCAGUUCAGGACAGACACAGAUUAAAGACCACUCCAAAGCCCUUAUCAGUCACACCUUUAAUUGUAAUAAAAAGUUACGCCUGUCAAAGAAGAACUCCACUGAAACACCACAAUGCAUUUCUCACAGACGCUUUGGAGGUUUUGGCUCAAAGUGCAGAGUUUACUGAAAAUGAGGGCAGGAGUGUAGCUUUCCGGAGAUCAGCAUCUGUUUUGAAAGCUCUUCCAUACGUUGUCCGUGGAAUGGAAGAUUUGAAGGACUUACCGUGCUUGGGUAAACAUUCGCUGAAAGUAAUAAAGGAGAUUUUAGAAGAUGGCACAUCAAGAGAAGUGGAGUCAACAAAAAGGUCUGAGCAAUUUCAGGCCAUGAAGGCACUGACAGGUGUUUUUGGAGUGGGGGUUAAAACUGCAGAUCGGUGGUUUAGGGAAGGCAUACACAGCCCAUCUGAUCUUAUACGCACAAAUCAAAAGCUAAACCAGGCACAGCUAGCAGGACUGCAGUACUAUGAUGAUCUGAACAGACCUGUCACUAAAAACGAGGCCAUGGCUGUCAGUCACCUGGUGGAGAAGGCUGUGACAGCUGUGCGGCCUGGGGCAGUUAUCACACUCAUGGGAGGAUUUCGAAGGGGUAAAGAAGUGGGCCAUGAUGUGGAUUUUCUCAUCACUCACCCAGAGGAGGGGACAGAGGAAGGAUUGCUGCCCAAAGUUGUGAACUGGCUAAAGGAUCAGGGUUUGCUGUUAUACCAAAAGACAAAUAAUAAUUCCUACUUGGAGCGUAAAGAUGGACCUGCUCGGCCUCCAAGUAAUAUGGACAGAUUUGAGAGAUGCUUCUCUAUAUUCAAACUAGAACAAUCUACAGUAUGCAGUAGUACACUUCUAAACGCACAGACUCCAAACACUGACACUAAAGAAAGUAUUGACGGGACAGGUCAUCAACAGUCUGGUCUGUCCUGGAGGGCAGUUCGAGUCGACCUUGUCGUCAGUCCCUACAGUCAGUUUGCUUUUGCUACACUUGGUUGGACAGGAUCCAAGCUUUUUGAGAGGGAGCUGAGACGCUGGGCGGGACAGGAGAAAGGCAUGUCCUUAAGCAGUCAUGCACUGUAUGACGCCAAACAGCAGCAGUAUCUACGAGCAAACACUGAGGAGGAAAUCUUUGCUUAUUUAGGUCUGGACUACAUUCCACCUUCUGAGAGGAACGCAUAAAAGUCCUGCAAGUCCUGCCUUCAACGACAAUGAAGACUCAUUUUUACUCAUGCCUUCAGUUUCUAAUGAUCAGUCCUACACAGUCUGUGAAAAGAAUGAUCACACAAAUACUCUUGUAAUUGAUUGUCAACCUUGCUAAACAAUGUUUUGCAGUAGGUUCAAAGAUGCUGUUGUUUUGUGGAAUCUGGGAUGGACUGGUUCCUACAUUUCCCAGACUGCUUUGCUAUUGAUUACCCAUAAUCAUUCUAGUUUUAACUCUGUGUUGAUUCUUUAGAGCUGAGUUUUCCUCCUGUGUAAUACAGAUUAAAUAAGUGUGUUAGGCAGUUGUAGCCUAGCGGUUAAUGUACUGUACUAGUAAGCGAAAUGUUGCUGAUUCAAGCCCCACCACUGCCAGGUUGCCACUGUUGUGUUUUUGAUCAAGGCCCUUAAACUUCAACUGCUUAGACAAUAUACUGUUACAGUACUGUAAGUCGCUUUGGAUAAAAGUGUCUGCCAAAUACCGAAAAUGUAAACGUAAAUAUAAUUAAAGUCAAAGUAAUGCUGUAAUGCAGUGUAUAUUACCUAUAUUAUAGAGUUUCUACAGCUGUGCAAGUGUUGAAACGUCACAUAUGCCAUGAUGUGUUCUUAACAACGCAAAGGAGACGAAUAGUGUGUAGAAUUAGUAAUCUCACCAGUGGUAUUACAGUAGUAAUUUUGUAUAGUUGUGUGCUAUCAUGUUACUUAAAAGUCUGCUUAAAAUGAUUUGGCUGUGUGGAAGAAAAUAGCAUUGUGAUAAUUUUGCUUUAAAUAAAACAACUAGAAAUACAAGACUAAAUUCAUUAUAUAAUGGGUAUUGAAAAGGGAAAAGGCUUUUAAAAGAUUUGCAAUGCUGUUUUCAGGUUUGUAAAAACAGCCAUAUUUGUGUGGACUAGGCUUCAAAUUCAUCCAGUGCUUGUAAGUGUAUUUAAGUGUAUGGCACCUCUCAGUCACAUUUAAAUAAAUGAGUGCAAAUAGAUUUAGGAUGUAGGUUUAGCUGUUGUUGCUUUCAUGUCUUUUGUGAUAUUAUAAGGAACUACAAGUGUAAAACUUGCUCUGAGAAAAAGAAAAGCUAUGCCAUAGACAAACAGAUUAAGGUAACAAUUACUUUAUGUAUUUAUUUUAGGCACCAUGUCCAAAUGUAGAUCAAAUGCACAUUAUGCACAACAGUAUUGGGACACCACUGCUAAUUUUUGAAUUCAUUUGUUGCAUCCACAACAAUUGCUAACAGUUGUAAGAAAUCAAUUAUCUAAAGGAAAUUAUGCUCCAACUUUGCACCAAUGGUUUGGGGAGGGAUGUUUCCUGUUCUAACAUGACUGUGCUCUGUGCACAAAGCAAGCUCUAUAAAGACAUGAAGAAAAACAAACCUAGUGGCUUGCACAGAGCCCUGAUCUCAGCCCCACUUAACAGCUUUGGAAUGAACUGAAAAUUGAUUGAGGCUUUGUUGACCAACUUCAGUGCUCAGCCAUAUAAAUGACUGAAGGGGCACAAAUUCCCACAGCUCCCUGACUUCUUGUGAGUCUCGUGAGAAGCCUUCUCCGAAGAUACUUGUUAGCAAUAAGGUGUAUAAAAAAUCUAAAAACAGUACAGAGUACUGGGUCCUGUCUAUUAAAUAUGCAUUAUAAAACUGUAUACCAACUAGAGCUUCUAACGGACAUUACUAACCUGUUUACUAACUUACUGCUGUGCCCACGCCCUGUGGUUUUAAUGAAUAGAAAUUUUCUCUGCCCUGUUUAUUAUUAUUUGGGGCAUUUUGUGAUUUCCAAUAUAAAUAAAAUUACAACAUUUCUACAUACAUUUUCAUAUUGACAUAAUAUUGUGUAUUACCAUCACUGUUCUCUAAAUAUUGGUCCUCUGGUUUCUUGUCAGUUUGGUUUGAAUAAAUUCCUGUGGCUUAAACAGAGCCCACAGAAAAGCCCUCCUGUGAAUCAGACAAUUUCAUAUUAAUUUUGUACACGUGUACAUUAAUAGCCUCAAACUAUAACCUGUAUAUAUUGAACAGAUGGUGCUAAAAUAUAUGAGAGUAAAUGUGUAUUUUUUUCUUUUUGUAUUUAAUGUGUAUUACAACUGUGAGGGACUAAGCACCCAAGAUUUUCACUUACCUUUCACACCUGUGUUUAUGUGACGUGACAAUAAAGUGAUUUGAUUUGA